AUGGAGGUUGGAGGUAGUGGUUCAAUGCAUGAAGCAUUUGGUAGUGUGGGGUUCAAAACUUGGCAGAAGAAGGAUAAAAUCAAUGUUCAUGUUGGAGAUCAUAAGAGUGUUCACAAUAGAUGUUAUCAAGCUGGUCAAGAUUUGAUGAAGCAAAAACAAAAUAUUGAUAUUUCUUUAUCAAAUAUUUCUGAGCAACAAAGAAUUGAUCAUUGUAUUCGGGUGAAAACUUCUUUAGAUUGUGCUAGAUACCAACUACAAAAUGGCCAUCCUUUUUUGGGACAUGAUGAAUCUGAAAGUUCAAAUCAACAAGGUUUAUUUACGAAAUGGUCAGCCUUUCGGGGACAUGAUGAAUAUGAAAGUUCAAAUCAACAAGACGAGCCCAAGAAAGAUGCUGCAAGAACUGAUGCAGGUCGCAUUUUGUAUGCCAUGGAGGAUUUUGAGUUUGCAUUCUUGUUGCAUCUUAUGCAACUUAUCUUGGGGAUUUCUUAUGAGUUGUCACAAGCAUUACAAAAAAAAGAUCAAGACCUUUUAAAUGCGAUUGGUUUAGUGAAGGUAGUCAAGUCUCGCUUACAAGAGGUGAGAGAUAAUGAUUUUGAUGAAUUGCUUCAAGAAACGAACAUAUUUGCCAAUAAAUAUGAUAUUGACAUUACAAAUAUAGCUGAUUUUGAUUUUGUCAAUUUGAAAAGAAUUUCUGAACUUGGUUUGAAGAUGGUUGAGAAGAGAACGAAUAUUGUUUAUCCAUUGGUCUAUUUGUUGAUAAAGUUGGCACUCCUUCUACUGGUAGCAACUGUUAGUGUUGAGCGAAUUUUUUCUGCAAUGACUUUUGUUAAGGAUAAGUUGCGCAAUCGGAUAAGUGAUGAUUGGUUUAAUGCAUGCAUGCUAACUUAUGUUGAAUGUGAUAUAUUUGAUAAGAUUGAUGAUGAAGAUAUAAUGCAAUAUUUUCAAGCAAUGAAGAAUCAAAGAAUGCUUUUAUGA